AUGGGAUCAUUCCUGCCACGAAACGAAUUCCCGGUUGAGGGUCGAACAGUCCUCAUCACAGGUGGUUCUCGCGGGCUAGGCUUAGCAGCUGCAUGUCAACUUGCAGCCAAAGGCGCAAAUGUAGCUAUUGGAGCACGAGAUCCCCAAGUUCUGAAAGAAGCCCUGGCAGAAGUUCAGAAAUCUGCCCGCUCUUCAACCCAGCGCUUUUUCUCACUUACUGCGGACGUGACAAAAGCUACGGAAUGUGCAAGGGUAAUUGCCGAAGUCACUGCAUGGAAUAAUGAUACCCCACCAGAUAUCGUCUGGUGUUGUAGUGGAAGUGCGCAUCCAACCUUGUUUGUCGACACGCCAGUCGAGCAGCUACAAACUAUGAUGGACAGCAAUUACUUUUCCAGUGCUUACAUGGCUCAUGCUACGCUUAAUGCAUGGCUAAGGCCUGCUUUGGACGGCGUUGCCAAGAAGAGUGCCGAGUCAAAGUCAUUGCCAGCUCGACACAUCAUUUUCACUGGCUCCUUCGUUUCUUUAUACAGCUUUGCUGGUUUUACGCCCUACUCGCCGUCCAAGGCUGCAAUUCGAUCUCUAUCCGAUUCUCUAUCACAAGAGAUGAACUUGUACGCUGGUGCACACCCUGAAGAACCUCGCAUCCGCAUACACACAGUCUUCCCAGCUACAAUGCCGACCAACCCCAGUUGA